UUUUAAAUGUUGUCUUUGGUUCCAUCAAUCCAAAUAUUUUAGUUCAAUAGGUAGGUUAAGAUAAUAUAGAAUGGUUAGAACAGCUUCUAAAUUAUUUCAUGAAAAUCAAUAUCAUAUCUUAGAAAGAUACUUUAUGAAAAAGGUGAUCAAUACUAGGUGAAAUGAGGAAAUUUUCCACACUUGUAGAAGAAAAAAUGUCAUGUGGGGUCUGCACGUGCUUGACUUAAUAUAUGAAAAGCAUCCUAUCCUAUAGUGUGCUUGACUUUGUGUAUUUAUACAUAUAGCUCCAAAUUCAUAUAUUUCAUUCAAAAUUCAAUAUGGAAAUUCUUGGUUUCAUGAUUAUUAUAGUUUCCUAUAUACUUAUUUACUCUAUCAAAUUUUCCAUAGCAGCUGAUUCUCUUGGUUUGUCACAAUCAAUCAGCAAUAAUAAUAAUAAUACCUUAGUGUCCAAAAGUGGAAGAUUUGAACUUGGUUUCUUCACUCCAGGUAACUCUAACAAAACUUACCUUGGUAUUUGGUACAAGAACAUUCCUGUUCAAAAUAUUGUUUGGGUUGCAAACAGACUCAAUCCCAUCAAUGGUACUUCAAAUUCAAACUACAUAUUACAACUCAACAGCACAGGUAACCUUGUCCUCGCUCAAAAUAGCUCCUUUGUUUGGUACACAACAACAGACCAAAAACAAGUGCAUAAUCCAGUUGCAGUGCUCUUAGACAGUGGCAAUCUUGUAGUAAGAAAUGAAGGAGAAACAAACCAAGAAGAGCAGUAUUUAUGGCAGAGUUUUGAUUAUCCAUCAGAUACCUUUUUAGAAGGAAUGAAAUUGGGAAGGAAUCUAAGAAAUGGUCAUGAUUGGAAAUUAACAUCUUGGAAGAGUCCUGAAGAUCCAUCCAUAGGAGAUGUUAGUUGGGGUUUAGUACUCAAUGAUUAUCCUGAGUAUUAUAUGAUGAAUGGAAGUGAAAAAGUUUUCAGGAUUGGACCAUGGAAUGGUUUACACUUUAGUGCAUUGCCAGAACAAGUUUCAAACUCAUUCUUACAUUACCAGAUUGUUUCCAACAAUGAUGAAAUCUUCUAUUCAUAUAGCAUCGAGAUCAAUACCGUUAUCUCAAAAGUAGUAGUCGAGCAAACAAAACAACAUCGUUAUGUAUGGGAUGAACAAGAACAUAAUUGGAGGACAUAUGUAACACUUCCCAAAGAUUUUUGUGACACUUAUGGUCUUUGUGGACCCUAUGGAAAUUGCAUAAUGACACAACAACAGGUUUGUCAAUGUUUCAAUGGGUUUAGUCCAAAGUCACCACAAGCAUGGAUAGCAUCUGAUUGGAGUCAAGGAUGUGUGCGCGAUAAACAUUUGAGUUGCAAUCACAAUCAUACAAAUAAAGACGGGUUUGUCAAAUUUCAAGGCUUAAAAGUUCCAGAUACUACACAUUCUUGGUUGAAUGUUAGCAUGAAUCUUGAGGAAUGCAGAGAAAAAUGUUUAAAAAAUUGUUCUUGUAUGGCUUAUACAAAUUCAAACAUAAGUGGAGAAGGGAGUGGUUGUGUUAUGUGGUUUGGUGAUCUAAUUGACAUACGACAGUUUCAAGAUGCCGGGCAAGAUCUCUAUAUCCGGAUGUUUGGUUCAGAGUUAGUCAACAGUGAAGAACCUAACCAUAUGCACAAAAGGAACAACACAGCGGCCAUAGUAGCCACCACUGUUAUUUUAAUUUUUGGGGUGCUUUUGGUGUGUAUUUAUUUAAUCUGCAGAGUCCAGAAGAAGACUGUAGGUAAAAAUCUUGACAGAUCAGAAAGGCAUGUAGAUGAUCUUGAUCUCCCAUUGUUUGAUCUGCCAACAAUUUCCACUGCAACUAAUGGCUUCUCCAAAAACAAUAAAAUUGGCAAAGGUGGUUUUGGAACUGUGUAUAAGGGAAAAUUAACCAGUGAUCUAGAAAUUGCUGUUAAGAGACUUUCAAGCAUUUCGGGACAAGGAAUGACCGAAUUCAUAAAUGAAGUAAAGUUAAUAGCAAAACUUCAGCACAGAAAUCUAGUAAAGCUACUAGGUUGUUGCAUUGAAGGGGAACAAAUGUUGAUUUAUGAAUACAUGGCUAAUGGUAGCCUGGACUCCUUCAUUUUUGACACUGCCAAGAGUAAAUUGUUAGAUUGGCCAAAACGGUUCAAUAUAAUUUGUGGAAUUGCUAGGGGGCUUCUGUAUCUUCACCAAGAUUCUCGAUUAAGGAUUAUCCAUAGAGACCUCAAAGCAAGUAAUGUUUUACUCGACGAUAGUUUGAAUCCAAAAAUAUCCGAUUUUGGAACAGCUAGAACUUUCGGAGGAGACCAUUACGAAGGAAAUACAAAGAGAAUAAUUGGGACUUAUGGGUACAUGGCACCGGAGUAUGCUGUUGAUGGAUUGUUUUCAGUGAAAUCUGACGUUUUUAGCUUCGGAAUUUUAUUAUUGGAGAUUAUAUGUGGCAAAAGAAAUAGAGCAUAUUAUCACACAGAUGGAACUCUUAACCUUGUUGGCCAAGCAUGGUCAGUAUGGAAAGAGAAUAGAGCUUUAGAGUUGAUUGACACAAACAUAGGUGAGACUUUUGUUGUAUCGGAAGUGUUGCGUUGUAUGCACGUUAGUCUCUUGUGUGUACAGCAGAAUCCUGAAGAUAGGCCUACAAUGGCCUCUGUGAUUCUAAUGUUGGGGAGCACUGAGAUGGAAUUAGGGGAGCCUAAAGAACCUGGUUUCAUUUCCAAAAAUGUUUCAACAGAGUCAAAUUCGUCGACCAAUGCAAAGGAUUGUAGUUCAGUAAAUGAAGUGACCAUUUCCUUAUUAGAUGCUAGAUGAAACUAUUUUCUUGAGCUUAUUAUAGUCUAGUUAUUUUUUAAGUAUUGUUUUAUAUUUUUUUAGUAAUUUAUCAAAUGAUACGCAUGUAUAAGGUAUCAAAUUAUGCUAUAGAUGAGGAUGGAUAUUUUUUGGGAAACGUUUCCAGCGAAAGAAAUUUGGCUAUGUUCCUCGUA